AUGGAUGAACAACGCAGGACGAAGCAACCUAAGACCAACCCCAUUGUUGCUUCCUCUUCUUCUGAAGAAGUGAGUAGUCUUGAGUCGGAAGCUGUGAACAUGAAUCAAGAAGAAGAAGAUUUGGUCUGCAGAAUGCAUAAGCUUGUCGGUGACAGGUGGGAAUUGAUAGCUGGGAGGAUUCCAGGAAGAACAGCAGAAGAAAUUGAGAGGUUUUGGGUCAUGAUAAAAUAA